AUGGGGAGAGCCGGUUUCAAUCUUUUGCACGUACAGUAUCCCCUUGAAGCAGCCUUGCAGGAUGGAGCAGGUUGUGGUUUGGGCGACGAUUACGAGUUUGUGUUGCGAGUACCAGAACACGGACCAAACCACAAAGAUUUGGUCGUUGAGUUCCUUGGCGGAGGUGGUUGCUGGAAUUACACAACCUGCAACGCUACGACCAUUGGAUGGCAAGGCCAGGAGACGACCAGAUAUUGGAUGUCACAGAACUUGUUGGCUCCCACCAAAGCCCAGUUUGGGGCUUCUCUCACAAUGUGCCGAUUUCCACUCUUGGGUGGAGGCAUUCGGGAUUUCUGCAAAGAAGAAAACCCGUACAGGACGUGGACGUAUUUGAGCCUGUCGUACUGCACGGGAGACCAACAUUUAGGGAACAAUAUUGCAACAUAUUCCGACGGCAAUGGCAACAACAUGGUGGUUCGACAUCUUGGCGCAGUAAACGUGGACUCUGUACUUACAUGGGCCCGCCAACUGUUCCCAGAUUUGCAGCGAAUUCACGUCAUCGGUGAGUCUGCGGGCGGAUGGGCAACCUUCGCAUGGGCACGGCAGGUGGCCCACCGCUGGCCGCAGGCCAGAGUGGCUGGCUGGUCAGAUUCUGCGCUCCACCUGCUUUGUCCCAGCCCGGUUUGUCACCAAGCGCUGCCGAUGGUGGAUGACAGUUGGAAUGCAAUCAAUCACUUGGUCGCCCCACCAAGCUCGCAGCUGUUGACUGCAGACGCUAUCCGGAAACCGGGCUGGAGCUUGGCAGACUUGAUGGUUGAGGCCUUGGAAGAGCUGGGUGGCCGUCUAACUUUUGGUGUGUUUACAAGGUCUGCUGAUGCCUAUCAGCGGCUGUACUGGAGCUUGUUUGGAGGCCACUCAUUCGAGUGGACAUCUGGUAUGGUUGCUCUGGUCAAUGAAAUGGAGCGCAGACUGCCUCCUAGCCUUUUGCGGACAUAUGUUGUGAGUGGCUCGGACCAUUGCAUACAUAGAAGCGAUGAUUUGUGGACCUUGCAGCAAGGAGGAGUACGUUUUAUCCACUGGCUCGGAAAUUUGAGCAGCUGUUCUGUACCAGCUGGCAGUGCGCGUGUUUGGGAUCCUGCUGUUGGCUCUGAAGCAACUUAUGUUGGUGACGCAUCCUGCAACAUUCAGCGAUGUGGAGGGCAUGGAUGA